AAGCGCUUUACAUACAAAACCUCAGUCAUCGUUGCAACGCCCCAGCUAAGUUGGGUACAAAAGUAAGGACGAGCGGGGGCUGUCUUUCUGUCCGUCCUAGGAAAUGAUUACCUUUCCGGUUCUGGCUCAGAUUUCCCACUCGAGGCCUAAAACAGUGAGCACCAAGUAUGGGCAAAAAAUUUGGAUCUGCUUUAGCUAGUUAAAUGAAGUCACAUCCGCCCUCAUUUCUGGGUGUUCUGUUUUCCAGUCCCCCUAUGAAAAUCUCAUCGGCGAACGUCGAUGUGUGCUGUUCUUCGUGGGGGCUUCAUAAGAGCUUGUCAAAAUCCAGCCUUUUGGACUAAAUGCCUGUCCUCAUGGCAUCGGGCUACCAGCAUCGCCUGUGGCGCUAUGUAGAUGUGGGUCGCCACCGCAAACUGCGCAGGCUGCUGAGGCGUCACAGGCAAGCAUUGGAUCUGAGUGAAGCCGUGGGGCACAAGAGCCGGACCCCCCUGCACCGAUCCUGUGCCCGGCAGGACUACAAAACUUCCCUCCUCUUGAUGAAGUAUGGAGCAGACCCCUUACUUCUGGAUCAGCGUGGAGACACGGCCCUACAUGUGGCUGCCCGGCAAGUUGUGCGCAAAGGAGGCACUGUGUACGAAGACCUCUUCGUUCCUUUGCGAAAUCAGUGCCCUGCUGCCAUGAGCAUCAGAAACAGAGACGGAAAGACGCCAGGGGACCUUUUGGGGCAAACAGAAGACAAAUGGUGCCCUCCAGAGAUGUUGGAAAACAGUGAUAUGGAAUGUGAAGCCGACAGGGAGUGGAAUCGCAAACUCCUUGGCGAAUUUGAAGACGAGUAUCAGGAGACCUGCUGGCGGUACGAAGAGGAUUUUUACACUACAUGUCCAGGCCCAGAGACCUAUGAGGACUGGGCUGAUCGCAUAGCCCACGAAUACAGCCAGAAACGGAGGCGAGCGGAGGAUGACCGCCACCAACGUAAGCCAAAAGCUGAGCCCCAGAAGUCUGCCCUGAAGCUGCAGCAACUUAUAGAAGAGGAGCGUCUGCUCUAUGAGAAGCGUGCCCGGGCCAAAGAAGAGGAACUGAAGGCAGCUAAAAGAGCACGUUAUGAAGAAGGCUGCAGCCAGGUCUUCACCACCGACAGUUCCCGUCUUCUGAGUUAUGCAGACAUUCCCUGGCCGUGCCCAAGAGGGACUGCUGAGGAAAUGGCCAUGGUGGCCCUCCACGGCACAGAUCCCUCAGACAGAGCGGCUUACCGGCGCUUCCUACGGCGCCAGCAAGCUCUGUGGCAUCCGGACAAGUUUGCUCAGCGCUGCAGUGCACGCUUAGCUGAGCGGGAUCGCCGCCGAAUCUUGGACAUGGUCACCGCGUUAUCCCAAGCUUUCAACAGGCUAGCUGAAGCAGCCAAAUGAUGUCCCUUUGUUGUGGGUUAAUAAUGUUUUGUCUCUGAAAAAUGUAGGGAGAAAUGGAUUGUUGGGGCAGGAAGAACUUUCUGAUGUUUGCUGUUAAAAAUGGCUUUUUCUGGGGGCUGCUUUUGGAUUGCCGAAGAAGCACUGAAAGAGGAAAUAGCAACAACUUGACAGGAUUAGGGGUUCACAAGAGGAUCUCUUCUGUGACAGCCAGUGCUAAGAAGAGGAAACAGUCAUGUGGGUUUUCCGGGGGAAGUUCUGGCUGAACUUGAAAUAAAGAUAGUAUUUAAAUAACGUUAA